UGCUGGUGGCCAUGAUGGAGCAUUACGUCACGGCAUCAGCUGAGAGACAACAACAAAGAAGCUAGUCGCCUCCUGGCCGUUGACGGAGUAGUGUCGUGGGUCGUUCCCGGGGGUUACAGCUGACCUUGACCAGAGCUGACUUUGAUGUUCUCUAAACCGAAAAGAUGAACCCCGCGAACCACGGACAGUGUCAUAGAAGACGAGGGUCGAGGGAUGAGAGAGUUCCUUCCGACGAGACUCUGCAGCAGCAGAAGGAGGAGGAGUCGGCGCCCAAGUCAUCUCCAGGACAGCAGGAGCAGCCGCCGGGCCAGGCAGCUGGUCAGUCCUCCCAGGGUGAGGGAGACGAGGCUCUGUUCCGUAAACCACACCAAAAGUCACAUAGGACCAUGCCAAGGAGGCCCAUCAGUGCACGCUCGAAGCGAGGGCGAUCUGGUUCCUGGUCUGGGGUUAAUGAGAGUGAUGAUGAGCUGGAGAAGAUGGCACAGGCAUUAGGCCAAGCUGUACCUGAAAUCAAAGUGACAACAGCCGAGCGCAAUGGCGUCUCACACUAUGGGUCAAUUACAUCCAGCGUAAACAGCGUUGGAUCCACCACUAGUACUGGCUCUACAACAGGACUCUUCAACGCUGAUAUAACUGCUGAAAGGAUGAGACGCAGACUCAAAUUCUUCUUUAUGAACCCUAUGCAGAAAUGGCAUGCUCGACGACGAUUCCCAUGGAAGCUUUUGUUACAAAUAAUUAAAAUUAUUAUUGUUACAGUACAGUUGUGUCUCUUUGCCCAUCAACGCUACAAUCACGUCAACUUUCUUUGGGACACAAAGAUCUCAUUUUCACACUUGUUCCUCCAAGGCUGGGACUCUUCCAGAGAAAUUCAAGCAUAUCCACCAGCUGAUGGUGCAUUAGCCGUUUAUAAAAAAUCUGAGUUCUUUGGCUACUUAGAUUAUGCCGUACUCAUGUAUAAUAAUGUUGAGAAAGACGCCAUAGGAGCAUAUGCCUAUAAGUACCAGAAUGGAAGCAUUGUGUUGCCUUACUUCUGUGCCACACAUUACCGAAGUGGCAAGGCAUUUUUUAACAAUAACUCGUAUGUUCUUGAUGAUAAUACCACCAGAUCCUGUAUAAGUAUCCCAUUACUAUCAGAGACCAAUAAAACAGAGUGGUCAAUGAAGACUUUCCUGAUAGACAACAACUUUACAUUGGAUUUUAACAUCCUCCUGGGUGCAGACUUGAAUUUUGUAUUGAAGACAGUCAAGCUGAGGGUCAACUUGCCGUUUGAUACCCCAGAAUGUUACGAGAUGACAAGCAGGAUUGUGUUCAGCAAUCGUGACCAUGAUGGGCAAAUGGUUGUGGAUUUGCAAGUGGGCGCUCGUGUGUUAGAAUGUGAUGGAUCAGUGCACGUGGUCUCUGAGGCAAAAACACUUGAAGUGUGGAGGUCAGUGAUCAACAUUACCACCAUCGCCAUAUGCAUCACCUCGCUGACUAUGUGCAUCAGGGCCAUCUAUCGAGCACAGCUCCUCCGAAAAUGCACAACUGAAUAUUUCCGAGAGCACCGUAGUAGGGAACUAAUUCUGACCGAGAAAUUGGAGUUUGUCAAUCUGUGGUAUGUGCUGAUUUGUAUCAAUGACAUAUUAAUCAUCAUUGGAUCAUUCCUGAAGAUUGGCCUAGAGAGCAAGAUUUUACUUGAGGAGGAGGAGGCACGGUUUUUGCGCACAAACUACACUGAAUUUGUGAAAAGCAGUAUACAGUUGAGUUACGAAGGCUACUUAGACACAUGGAAUGUUUGCUCGCUGUUCCUUGGUCUCGGAAACCUACUUGUGUGGUUUGGAUGCCUGAGAUACCUGGGAUUCUUUGCGACGUACAAUGUGCUAAUCCUGACUGUGAAGAAGGCCAUUCCUAAUGUGAUGCGGUUUUCUAUAUGUCUGAUGAUGGUGUUUGCUGGGUACUGCUUAUGUGGUUGGCUUGUUCUGGGUCCAUAUCAUCUCAAGUUUCAGUCGUUCUCUUCGACAAUGGAGUGUCUAUUUUCUCUCAUCAAUGGAGAUGACAUGUUUGCAACGUUUUCUUCAACGUCUGGAAGGGACCCGGUGGUGUGGUGGUUCUCCCGCAUCUACUUCUACUCGUUUAUUUCUCUCUUCAUAUACGUCAUCCUAAGCCUAUUUAUUGCCAUUAUCAUGGAUGCCUAUGAAACCAUUAAGAAUUACUACGAUGAUGGGUUCCCAGAAUCUGGGUUGAUGAAAUUCAUUAAUGAAUGCACAGAGGAACCCACAAGUGCAGCUUUCCAAGAUGAGGGAGAGCGUACCAUUCAUGAUAUUAUCAACUCUUUCUUCUGCUGUGAUCAAGAGAGCAGAAGACAGAGGGGCACUGAGUACGAGGCUCUUCUCUCCUAAGUGCGCGCAUUUUAAUGUGAAAACAGUUGUAAAUUUAUCAUUUUUAUAUCUCGUCAGAAUAUUGUUAUAUAAUAUAAAUUACUGGAGAUAACUGCAUAAAUGUUCUCACUGAAUUAACAAAAAUUGUACAACAAGGCCACAUGUACUGAAUUUAAUAAAUCUUGAAAACACUUGCCACAUUUUAAUGUCUUGUGACAUCAAAGCUCAAAGCUUGAAGAAAAAUGGCGAGUGCUUUCAUAGUCAAUGUUAUUUUACAUUUGGAAUAACUUCAAAUAGUGAUCUGUGUGUAAAUUGUAUCCACAAUGUCAUUCUCAAACACAGCUUUUGUUGGCCUUGUGAAAAAUGGCAUGUCAAUCCAUAGGUAAACUAUUUUAAAAGUAUAAAAUGGAUAUAAAGAAGUGGUAAUUUGUAUGAUAUUGUAAAACUUGUGAACCAGUUGUAAAAUGGUAUGAAAAACCCCUUCAUUUUUGUAAUGCUUCUGUAAGCUAUUUAAAUUCUCUCUAAAAGAAGGAAAAUAAAUUAGAACUUUGACUUGUGUAGUGAUAGCAUUUGAAUAAUAAUGAUUGUAAUCAUUAACUUGUAUUUUAAUUUAAUUUCCCUACCCAUAAAUGUGGGAGGGCAUUGAGGUAACCCUGUUUUUAAGAAACUUUGUCAGGACAUUUGAGAGUGAAUAAAUACUAGAUGGUCUGAUGCUACUUAAGCUGUCAUAUGAGGUUGAAUUUCAGCUAUAAUGCACUUGUGACCGCUAGUGUACCGUACCAUUACUGUUGAGAAAUGGCAUAUUUCCAAAGUUUCAUUUAAAAUAUUGUAUUACAUAUAGAUGUUACAGGUACGAACACAUAAGAGACCAAUUCUUGAUGUUUUCUGCAUUAAUUAUUUGAUGAAAGAUCGUGAAUGGAAUUUAAUAACCACUAUGUACAAUAAUCAUAGUAAGGCUUGGUAGAAAUUGCUCAUUUGUAUUUACAUUUUCAAAUUCAGAGCUGCAGUGAGUCAUUUCACACUAAAGGCCAAAUGUUUCCAAGAUUUACAAUUCUUUCAUGGUCAAAUUUAUUCUGUUGAAUGAGCCUGGUGUUAGAGGAGCAAAUUUAAUGAAGUGAGGUUGGUACCAAUGAAUUACAUGUGUUGUGCUGUGUUUGAGAAAUGACUACAUUGUCAAUGAACUAAGGUGGUGGUUACAUGUAUUUGAGCAAUAUUAUACAGUAUGAAUGAUACAUGUUCUCUGAUAUAAAUGACUGGAAUACGUGCUGGAUACC